CCUCCCGGACUGUAAGUGACAGCACUGAGUGCUCCCGGCGACACCGCCCUCCCGGAGGUGCAGUGAGCCCUCCCGCCCUGCAGUCGUCGCCACUGCGGCGCGGCGCCGGUGAAGAGAGCGGGUGCGGCCCUCAUUCCCGCGGCGGCAGCGGCUUGUUCUCAGGCUUGGGGCCUGUCGGGAGGCAGCGGCGGAGAGUGAGACACCGAGAGAGAGAGAGAGAGAGCGAGCUCGGCGGCGAGAUGAUGGCGGCCGUGCCGCCACCCCCACCGCCGCCACCACCACCCCCACCUCCCGGACCGGGGGCACCGGCGGUGGCGACGAAAACCGGAGAGGAGAAGUUGAAGGAGAUGGAGGCCGAGAUGGCGCUGUUUGAGCAGGAGGUCCUGGGUGCGCCAGUAUCCACCUCAGCCGUCACCGCUGUACCAGAGACGGUACCCGUGGCAAUGAUGCCAGUUCCUGUCGCACGGCCCAUCAUCGGAACCAACACGUAUCGGCAGGUCCAGCAAAGCCUCGAAGCCCGAGCGGCUGCUGCUGCCACGGUGAUGCCUCCUGUGCUGGGACCUCCCUCGCCGUUUGUCGGACCCGCAAUGCCUCCACCAAGAGAGUCUCCAAUUGUUAGACCCGUCUUCGUUCCUCACGUUCUCCAGCGGCCGGGUACGUCG